UGGAAAUUGUUCCACGAUCCACAUAAACAGUGGAAAUUGUUCCACGACCCACAACAACAGUGGAUAUUGUUCCACGACCCACAGCAACAGUGGAAAUUGUUCCACGAUCCACAACAACAGUGGAAUUUGUUCCUCGACCCACAGCAACAGUGGAAAUUGUUCCACGACCCACAACAACAGUGGAAAUUGUUCCUCGAUCCACAACAACUGUGGAAAUUGUUCCUCGUGGAAAUUGUUCCACGACCCACAACAACAGUGGAUAUUGUUCCACGACCCACAGCAACAGUGGAAAUUGUUCCACGAUCCACAACAACAGUGGAAUUUGUUCCACGACCCACAACAACAGUUGAAAUUGUUCCACGACCCACAACAACAGUGGAAAUUGUUCCUCGAUCCACAACAACAGUGGAAAUUGUUCCGCGGCCCACAGCAACAGAGGAAAUUGUUCCUCGGCCCACAACAACAGUGGAAAUUGUUCCGCGAUCCACAACAACAGUGGCAAUUGUUCCACGACCCACAACAACAGAGGAAUUUGUUCCACGACCCACAACAACAGUGGAAUUUGUUCCACGACCCACAACAACAGUGGAAUUUGUUCCACGACCCACAACAACAGUGGAAAUUGUUCCUCGAUCCACAACAACUGUGGAAAUUGUUCCUCGGCCCACAACAACAGAGGAAAUUGUUCCUCGGCCCACAACAACAGUGGAAAUUGUUCCACGAUUUACAAAAACAGUGGAAAUUGUUCCACGACCCACAACAACAGUGGAUAUUGUUCCACGACCCACAGCAACAGUGGAAAUUGUCCCACGAUCCACAACAACAGUGGAAUUUGUUCCACGACCCACAACAACAGUGGAAAUUGUUCCACGACCCACAACAACAGUGGAAAUUGUUCCUCGAUCCACAACAACUGUGGAAAUUGUUCCUCGGCCCACAACAAUAGUGGAAAUUGUUCCGCGAUCCACAACAACAGUGGCAAUUGUUCCACGACCCACAACAACAGUGGAAUUUGUUCCACGACCCACAACAACAGUGGAAAUUGUUCCACGACCCACAACAACAGUGAAAAUUGUUCCGCGGCCCACAACUUGA